UUACCGGAUGCGGAAGUUGAGCUCAUCGUGCGUUCAAUAGCAGACAACUUACGGACAUACGAACAAAUAGUUGAGGUGAGCAUUCUCACAUUCUGGACUGUUGGUUCCUCACUUUUGCCACCACAUUCCGGAGGGUUACAGCCUCUGAGUUUUUGCCUAUUCCACCAUCAAGAAUCCAUUCGGGAAGCCACCGUUGAUAUUUUCAAUGAGCUGCGUCAGAACCCGUACGCUGCUGGGGUGAUCUUUCUGCAAGCUCUGAAUCACUUCCAGAGGUAUGCCUAUGUUCGGCAAGCACACGCUCGUGAAUCACGCAUGAAGGAUGUGACCCAUGGUCUGGCCCCCGCCACCUCACUUGGUAUCACGGACGCCGUCCAACCGCAGUGA